CUUUACCUUGGCCAAUCAUCACAUUGGUAAUUCCAGCCGAAAGCCAAACAGCCGAUAUCACUGCAGAGCUGCAGAAGAUCUGCAGGCAUGGCAGCGAGCGUGGCGCUUACUGUGGAAUUCACCGGGGGCCUAGAGAUGCUCUUUUCCGACCAACGGAAGCAUAGCAUCUCCAUCCCAUCGACAGAUCCACAAGGCCAGCCAUCCACCGUUCGUUUUCUUGUGACCUGGCUGUGCGAUAAUUUGAUGAAGGAUCCGCGAAAGGACGUCUUUGUGUUGGAAGACUCUGUCCGACCGGGAAUCCUAGUCCUUAUCAACGAUGCCGAUUGGGAACUUGAAGGUGAAGAGAGCUAUGAAAUCAAGUCGCGUGAUAACAUAAUGUUUGUCUCGACGUUACAUGGAGGGUGAUGUGUGAUGAAGCUUGACAUGAUCAGGCUUGCUGAGCGGUAUAGUCGGAUUCUAAUGUCGCUCGAACGAGACUGUUUGCGCAAUUGAUGCGAAAAGCGAUCAUUUAGCAAGCGAUCAUUACAAUAAGAGCCAUAGGUACAAGUACAUGGCAAACAAGAAGAACUCUUGAUGUCGUCUUAGCAAGCAAUCCAGCAAGGCUCCCCUUUCUCAUCAAAUUUGUG